CGCCCGCCCCUCGGGCAGCCGCCGGUGCCCGCUGCGCUCCGCUCGCCCCGGUCGCUGCGGGGAUGGCGCCGUGAGGGGCCGAGGCGGGUCCCGGCGGCUUUGUCCCGGUCGCGGCUGAGCCGCCGCCGCCUUGCCGGGCGGUGUCCCCCCGCGGGGGGAGGCGCCGUCAAUGCGUAGCCUGUGGCUGCUCGGCUUCGCGCUGGGGGUCGCCGCGGCGGGCGGCGCGGAGGGCGGCGGGGGCCGGGUGAGCGCGGAGCUCAGCGCCGUGUGGGGGCCCGGGCUGCGGGCGGCCGCCGUCCUGCCCGCCCGCUACUUCUUCGUGCUGGCCCUGGACGCGCAGGGCCGCAGGUUCACUUCAUCACCGGGUGAAAAUACAUUCCAGGUGAAGAUCACUGCUCCUGAUGAACAGUUCACUCGGGUUGGUGUGCAAGUAUUAGACAGGAAAGAUGGUUCCUUCAUUGUGAGAUACAGGAUGUAUGCAAGCUACAAAAGCCUGAAGAUAGAAAUCAAAACCAGAGAUAAACAUGUCGCAAAGUCUCCGUAUAUUUUAAAAGGUCCUGUUUACCAUGAAAACUGUGACUGCCCUCAGGAGGAGAGCAGCGCGUGGCUGGAAGAGAUGAACUGCCCUCAGGUCAUUCCACAGAUUCAGAGGGACCUAGCAAAUUUUCCCAUUGUUGAUCCAGAUAAGAUUGCGAAAGAAAUCCCACAGAGGUUUGGACAAAGGCAGAGUUUGUGUCAUUACACCAUCAAAGAUAACGAGGUUUAUAUAAAGACGUAUGGGGAACACGUUGGCUUCAGAAUUUUCAUGGACGCUAUACUUCUUUCUUUGACAAGAAAAGUGAAAAUGCCAGAUGUAGAAUUUUUUGUUAACUUGGGGGACUGGCCGCUGGAGAAAAAGAAACCUCCGCAGAACCUGCACCCUAUCUUCUCAUGGUGUGGGUCCAGUGAAUCAAAAGACAUCGUCAUGCCAACAUAUGACUUAACAGACUCGGUUCUGGAGACUAUGGGACGGGUUAGUCUGGAUAUGAUGUCAGUUCAAGCAAACACCGGCCCAUCAUGGGAAGACAAGAAUACCACGGCAUUCUGGAGAGGACGUGACAGCCGCAAAGAGAGGCUUGAACUUGUAAAGCUCAGUAGAAAAUAUCCGGAGAUCAUAGAUGCUGCUUUCACAAACUUUUUUUUUUUUAAACACGAUGAAAGCCUCUAUGGACCCAUUGUUAAGCACAUUUCGUUUUUUGAUUUUUUUAAGUAUAAAUAUCAAAUUAACAUUGAUGGCACAGUGGCAGCAUAUAGAUUGCCUUAUCUACUAGCAGGAAACAGCGUUGUGCUAAAACAAGACUCCAUCUACUAUGAGCAUUUUUAUAAUGAGCUGCAGCCAUGGAAACACUAUAUUCCAUUCAAAAGUGAUCUGAGCGAUCUCCUAGAAAAACUACAGUGGGCCAAAGAGCACGAUGAAGAGGCCAAAAAUAUUGCAAAAUCUGGACAAGAAUUUGCAAGAAACAAUCUCAUGGGAGAUCACAUUUUUUGUUACUACUUCAAACUUUUCCAGGAAUAUGCCAGUUUGCAAGUGAAUGAGCCAAAAAUCAGAGAAGGCAUGGAGAAAGUGCAGCAGCCUGAUGAUGACCUCUUUCCAUGUACUUGCCACAGAAAAAAGACCAAAGAUGAACUUUGACAGAAAGAAAUAAAAUAAUUUUUUGGAUAUUUACCUACAUUCAGAAUCACUUCUUCAGGACAUAAGGAAACCUUGAAUUAAAAAUUAAAUGGUUAUUUUGAAGUUUACUCUAUCAUGAUCUACAUACAGAAGACAACCAACCAUUGCCUGUUUCCUUUUUAUCAUGGAGCAGUCACAGAGCCUUGUUCAACACACAUUUUAUAACUUUUUUUUUUUAAAUAAAAAACACAUUUAUAUCA